CGUGGUUUUGACUCGCUUCGGUCCAGCUUCUCGGUCCAGUUUCCGGUCCAACACCUCGUAAGUUACCCCAUAUAUCCGCAGACGCCUAAAGUCCGCGUUAGCGCCCCUGCCUAUAAGACAAACCUAGGUGGUUACAGUAUAAGGAACCACCACUAACGCGGGUGUUGCCUUAUCGGACCCUGAGACAAGAUUGUCCUCGCGACACAUGGUUUUGAUCGACUCCGACCACAGUGGCCCAUCGAGAUAAUCCACUGUGCGACAGAGGACAAAAAGAAUAACCUUUUGUUUUAUAGCGAUGAAGUCAAUAAAGAGCUUCGGUAACGUGAACCGAGUUCUGGCUAGGCGUCAGACGGCUCCUGCCACGGAUACCUCGCCAGAGACCACAUUGGCGACACCAGAAGAGAAUGCGUCGCGCAGUGUUAAACUCUUCUGCGAAUCUGGCGGACCCGGCCAUACGCAAGGCGAAGAAAUACUACACCUUCCUGCGAUUGUAGAGGCGGCGGAGUCUUCCCCUGUGGCAGCAAAAGAAUGUGCAUAUCAGAUCCGAAAAUUCCUCUCGAAGGAUAAUUCAAGCCGGGCCUAUGUCCAAUACAAUGCUGUUAUGCUCAUACGCAUAUUAUCGGAUAACCAGGGUUCGACUUUCACGAAAAAUAUCGACAAGAAAUUUGUGGACGCCGUGAAGGAGUUGAGCAGGACGAGCCGUGAUCCUGGUGUUCAGCAGCUGCUUUCGGACACACUGAACAAUUUUCUACGAGACAAGGAACCAGAUGUCCAUAUGGCUGGUUUGCUGGAGAUGUGGAAAAAAGAGAAACUCAAGAUUGAGAAGGUUCUUACACAAGGGGGUCAACAGGGCCGGCCUUCAUGGAUAGGACAUCGUCCUCGCCCACAUGCCCCAGGGAUACAUUCCAAUAACGGGCCGCCCGGUCGACUUCCUGGCCCAGAGGAGCUGGCUUCUCGUGUUGAGGAGGCCAGGAACUCAGCAACACUCCUAACACAACUCAUUCAAUCAACACCUCAAUCAGAGUUUCUUCAGAAUGAUCUUAUCCGCGAGUUUGCAAACCGUUGCCAGGCCGCAAGUCGAAGCAUUCAAUCUUAUACGGCUACCGAGCACCCAGCUCCGGACAAUGAUACCAUGCUCACUCUAAUUGAGACAAAUGAGCAGCUAACACUGGCCACAACUAAGCACCAGAGGGCCGUUUUGCAGACAAGGAAGGCUCUAGGCGUUGCCUCGCCAGAUCCGCAACUCGGCCCUUCCGCUGGCCCUGUCAUGACGUCUGGUGUUGCUCCCGCGCAGCCCGCUUCAAUCUUCAAGCCUGUUGCCCCUCCGUCACGGAAAUCGUUUCCGAAGCCUGCCCAACCAGUUUCUUCGGAGCGCACAGCUUCACCAGUUUCGCCAGAGACUGAAAAUCCAUUCACAGACCCGGUCGAGUCACCAGACGUCGCUACGCACAGCGUGAUUGACCCCAAUGAGCCUUAUAAUCCUGGCUUCGGUUCGAAUACGGCUUCCAAGGAUCGUCGUGAGUCUGCCACAGGAGGAGCAACAUUGGAUACUACUAGCACUCUGAAAAUUGGGAGGAACCAACCGCGGGAUGCAAAUGAUAGCGACGAUGAUCCAUAUGCAACUCCAGUGCCGCAGAGAACACCUGUCUAUCGAUACUAAGUUCCAGUUGUUUGCACAUUCAAAUCGAUUCUCAGGUCACGAGUUUAGGGUAUUCUUGGCCGUGUUUAGCCUGGGUGCUAUGGAGUACUCUACAUUUUUGCAUAUUUUAUUGAUAUCGAUGAAUAUGCCAAAUGACUUGGUAAAGGAAUAGAGUGACUGUGAGCCAAUUACCUCGGGCGCCUAUGAAGCCUAUGUGACAAUUGGUGGGCUUUCAUGUUGGCAGAUGUCUACACUAUAGAAUUUGCCACCCAUCGUCUCUUGGAUCAAGAAAGGGGCGGGGUGACACAAGUGGAGCCGCCAACGUCAUUCACCGCCUGCUUGUUUUGGGAGGUCCAAAAUCGUACUGACGCGUCCCCAAGUACUUUUGAAUUACGAAUUGUAAUGCUUAAUAGUGUAACUGU